AUGAAGAAGAAGUCAAGGGCAUCCAACUACCUGUGCAUCGCACCCAUCUUUAGCUCCUGCGUGUCCUCCGGUAAGCAGCCGUCAAAUGACGCCGGCAGGAACCGCCUGAGCUUCUCUUUCCCGGACAGUCUCGCUGGCGGCAGCAAGGACCAGCGCCAGCAGCAGCAGCCAGAGGAGCAGAAUUCAGAGAGCAUCAUCGAUCCAGCCGCCUCUAUCAUUACCAGGAAGGACGGCCGGCACUGCACUGUCAUCGUGGGCACCAUCUUCGGCCACCGCACCGGCCGCGUCACCUUCUGCGUGCAGCGCGACGCCGCCGUGCCGCCCCCGUUCCUCUUCGAGCUCUCCGUCCCGAUGCAGUCCCUCGCUACCGAGAUGGCCUCAGGCCUCCUCCGCAUCGCGCUCGAGUGCCACCGCCCCAGCGGCACACCUCACGACGGUGGCGGCGGCGGAGGAUCCAACGCUGCUGCGGGCGGAAGCACGAGCAGGAACGUGUGGAAGGCGUCAUGUAACGGCCGCGACGUGGGGUACGCCGUGCGACGGCGUCCGACGAAAUGGGAUCGGCGCGUGCUGGAGAGCAUGCGGACGAUGACAACCGGCGUUGGUAUGCUCCCGCCCGCGGUGGCGCUUGAGGGGCCCAACGAUGAAAACCUGCAGGACGACGGCGGCGCUGGGGAGGUGCUGUACAUGCGGGCAACGUACGAGAGGAUCGUGGGCUCCAGGGACGCCGUAUCCUACCACCUCAUCAGCCCCGGGACUGCCGGCGGCAGCCCACCUCAGGAGCUAAGCGUCUUCUUACUGCGGACCAGGGGUGACUGA